AUGAAUGAAAUUCGUCAAUUGUGCACAACAUCAUCGUCACCUGUUAAACACCUUGAUGAAAUCCUUGCUCUUUUUCAUGCAUGUCCGCCCCAAUAUCUUCUCCCAUCUCUUUCACUCAUUGGCCAAUCCAUAUCAUGUAUGUCGGUCGAACAAUUAGAUAUCAAUAUUGUUAAUCAUCAAUUAUUUCUUAUUAUUCGACAAUGGUCUGAACGUUUAUUGCAAUUGUGGUUAAUUAAUGGUACAUUGAAUGGUGAUGAACAUCGAGCUUUAUUUUAUACCCACCAAUUAUUUAAACUUUUAUCGGAAUGGUUGAAUCAACAAGAUAGUAUAAUUAUCGAUAACGAUAAUCAAGAAACAGUAAAACGUGUUAUAACCGAUUUAUUUGUCGAUGAAAAUUUUAUGAAUACAUUGUGUAGAACUGUUACACAAUUAAUAAUGAAUGAAAACGAUGAUCAACUCAGUUCGGUAGCAAGUAACUUGUCGGACGAUGAAGAUCAUGUAUCGCCAGACGAUAUUCAUCUUGAAACGCAAACAUCUGAUGAUCAAGCUGAACAAGCUGAUGUACUUGAUGCACUAUUUCGUUGUGUCAAUUCUUUAGUUAUUCUAUUCAGUCAUCCGAUAUUAAUAAAUAAUAUAAUAGCAACUAACAAUUUACGAUCAUGCCUUCUUGAUUGUUUGAAUUCAUCUUUAUUUAUUCAACUUUCAACAAAGUUUUUACGACAAAAUUUAACAAGUGAAAAAAUUCAUAUUCGUUCAAUAUUUCUUCUGUUUACAUGUCUUGAUUAUUGUACAUUAUCAAUAGAAGCAGCAACAUUACAAUUAAUACCAUUGACACGUAAAGUUCUUCAUAUUUGGUGUGAAGUACCGCAAAAUGCGGACGAUGAUGUAUCACCAUUAAUUGUGCGUCUCAUUCGUCUAAUUCAUCGUUUAUCGCUAUCAUAUAAAGAUUCAAUUAUUCAUGAAAAUCUUUGUGCUUUUCUUGUACCACAUUUUGAAGCGUUAUGUUUAUCAUCGAAUGUCAUUGAUGAUAUUGUUUCAUUGCUUCUUACACUUUCAACAACAAUACAAGGUAAACGACAUUUACGUCGUUUAGGUUAUGUACAACAUGUUUUAUAUGGAACAAAACGUUAUAGUAGUCUUUGGCAUCCACUUUCAUUAUUAAUAACUCAACGUGAUUUAUUUGAUUCGUCGUUAUCUAAAAGACUUGUACAUUUAUUAAUACAGCGUACAAUAAAUAUUUUUCAAUCAUUAACAACAGCGUCCAAUGAUACAUCGUUUGAUUCAACAACGCCAUCAUCGAGAAAUCAAACUGCUCUAACUGCUAUUGAAUGGUUUCUUUUAUUACGUACAAGUUUUCUAUCAUUUACAAUGAUUGCUGAUGAGUUAAUAAAUUAUACGAAAAAAGUGAAUCUUAUUAAUAUGUUUAUUGAUACAAUUUUAUCUGUACAACAAGAUGAAGAUGAUAGUUUACCGAAAUUAAUUGAUGUUAUGACUGAACUUCUAUGGACAUUUUCAUUGAGUACAUCGACAAAUAUCAAUGAAUUGUUACAAAAACGUUUUGAUCUAUGUCGCUAUUUAAAAACAAAUGCAAAUAUUUCUACAUCAAAUGUACGUCUUGCUUCAAAAGCUAUUCUAGCAAUUUUAGAGUUAAACAACAAAACUACCAGUCGUUCAACAUUAAAUUAUCGUGCACCAAUGGUAUCAAAUAAUCUCAUAUGUAUAUUCAAUGCUGAUGAAUCUCAACAAGAAAUAUGUUUAACACUUCGCGAUCGACUUCUCAUUGAGCAACUCUACACAAUUGAACUUAUUACUACAUCAUCAUGUGAAUCAUUUGAUUCAUUAAUGCAUCUGAUUAAUCGUUCAUCACUUUGUCUUUUUUGUGCAAGUACACAAAUGAAAUCAGAUAAUUUAUCGCAUUUUGUUCAUCAAUAUAUGUCACUUCAAUCGCAUACAAUGCCGAUGUUAGCAGUUCUUGUUGAACAUGACUGUGAACUUGAAGGCAGUUGGAUAGAAUCUCUAUCAUUGACUGAUAUGCAAUCAAUUGUCAAUGAAAUUCGACGACAUUUAGAUCAAAUAGAAGAUAAUGAUGUACGUUUACCAAGUCGAACAAGUGAUGCAUCAACUAUUAGUCAGUCACGUAAUAUGAGUCCUCGUGAAGCUCGAAAUCAAUCAUCUAACUAUAUGACACGUCCUGUGCCUUGUUGGUCGCCAGACGAUGUUAGUGAAUGGUGCGAUGCAACUCUAGGCAGUUUUGAGACAUUACAACCAUUAGUUGUACGUCUUAAUGGUUCAGCUCUUGUGCAUCUUGCUGAAAUUUUAUCUAUGGAUCCAGCAUCGAUGUAUCACAGUUUAAAUAAUGAACUACUUCAACGUACUGGUUCAAGUGUUCCACUUACCGAAUAUGUUUCAUUACGUAGUGAACUUCAACAUUUACUUGUUCAAAAACAAGAUCAACGUUUAAUAACAAAUACGGCGAACACUAUUGAUAAUACGAAUAAGAGUGAUUGUAAGAAAAAACGUUGGAAAAAAAGUCGUCUUUGUACUAUAAUCUAG